AUGAGCUCCGUCUGGAAGCGGCUCCAGCGCGUCGGGAAGCGGGCGGCCAAGUUCCAGUUCGUGGCGUGCUACCAGGAGCUCGUGGUGGAAUGCACCAAGAAAUGGCAGCCGGACAAGCUGGUUGUGGUCUGGACUCGAAGAAACCGGCGCAUCUGCUCCAAGGCACACAGCUGGCAACCGGGGAUCAAAAACCCCUAUCGGGGCACAGUGGUAUGGAUGGUGCCUGAAAAUGUGGACAUCAUGGUGACGCUCUAUCGGGACCCCCAUGUGGAGGAAUAUGAAGACAAGGACUGGACCUUUGUGAUUGAAAAUGAGUCGAAGGGGCAGCGGAAAGUGCUGGCUUCGGUGGAUGUCAACCUCAAACGCUUCGCCAGCCCAACCCCUACCCAGGUCGACCUAAAUCUGAAGCUGAAGCCACGGUCGGUGAAGGUGGUAGCAGCUACACUGAAGCUCACGCUCUGCUGCGCAUUCCUGUAUGAGGGAAAAGCCACGGAUGAGGACAUGCAAAGUCUAGCCAGCCUGAUGAGUGUCAAACCCUCCGAUAUCGGCAACCUGGAUGACUUCGCUGACAGUGAGGAAGAAUCAGAGGAAGCCCCAAAGCAGAGCCGGCAGGCAGACGGUGCAGGCCAUGGGGUGCCUUCUAAAGGAUUCCUCCAAAACGUGUUGACGGACUAUUUCUCAGACACUUCACGGGAUUUGAACACCCUGGCAGAGGAAGAGGAGGAUGCCUCGGCCCAGGGCACAAGCCAAGAGGCCUCAGCAAAUUCGACUUCUUCCAGGGCCCUUAUGAAGGAAGCCAUCACCAAAGUACCCAGGAAAGCAGCAGAUUCCCUUGCUGGCAGCACCUCCCACCCGGACCCCCCUCGUCCCGCAACGGAGUCAGCCCCCGCCCUGUCCACGGCAGCACCCCUAGCAGUAAGUGGUGCAGAGUAUGCUGGGAAUGUGGGAUAUGAAGGGGCAAGCGGUGUGUGCCCAAGAGGAGCAACUAGCAGCCAGAGGGGGCCAGGCACCCGGAGGCGAGGGACAGGCACUUCCGCAGAGCUGGCACGAACACGGGCCGAAGAGGAGAAGGAAGAGAAGGGGUCUGAAUGGUCACCCGAACAUCCAGCGUCGCUGAGCGCCACUGAAGUUAGGCCGACUGAUGUCUGGAAACCCCGGGAAGAGAACCCCAUAUCUGCGCCACCACGGAAGAAGAGUCCUACCAAGGGGCCUGCCAGACCCACGGAUGUGUCCGCAUUGCAUUCUGAAGCCUCCCCUGAGGCCCCCCCUGUGAGGAAACGCCGUCUGGAGAAGACACCAGUGCCUCUAGGGAAUCCCCAGAUGGUCACACCCUCAGAGAACAAGUCUCUCCCCACAAUGCCUGAUGCCGUGGGGAGCCCAGCAUCGGAGAAAUCACCCUGUGGGAGCCCCACAGAAGUGCCCGUCUCUCAGCCGCAGCCCCCCAGUUCUGUGGUCGUGUAUUUUGUGGAGGAGACAGGCCUGGGUGAACAGGGGCCUGUCAUUGUCACUAGCGAAGCAGGAUCGGCAGGGUCUUCAGAUGCAGCAUUCCUGGCCUUGUCUCCUAUCAUGGGGCUACCCCCCAUGGCACAAGAUUUUAGAGAGUCACCCAGCCAAGAGGCCCAGAGUUCAGCUGGAGGUUGGUCAAUGCCAGAUGCUGCUCCUGCAUCGACGGGUUCUGGCGUUCUGGUGGAAGUGAUGGAAAUGGAGUGCGGGGGAGGAUGCGGAGAGGUGGCGCAGCCGUCUGGACUGCUAGUCGUGCCCCCAACUGAGCUGGCCAGGUGUGGGAUGGAGGAGGAGCAGCCCGUGGUCAAAGAGGAGCUUUCUGUCAGCGAGAGGAAGCCUGUGACGGGAGAACCAUCCCUUCAGUGGCUUCCGGCUGAACCAGAGAGCUUCCAGAUUGAGGCUGAAAUUGGCCAGGAGGCCAGGGGUACUGCUUCUGGAGGGGAAACUGACUCAGCACCUCCUUCAGAAGCUGCUCCUCAGAUGGAGAAGUGUCAGGGAGGGAGAGGUCCAGAUGCGGAGAGUUGCCAAGUCUCUGGGAUGUCCGAAAACCCGGUCCUGCCAAGCGAUCUUUCCUCAGAAGCUCUGGUGGAGCAGGAAGGGAGGGAAGUACAACUGGAGGUCAAGAAGGACUUUGCAAAUGGUAGACUCCAAGCCUCAGCAGAUUCACCAUCUCCUGCGGAGAUGUGCCAGGAAGUGGCUGCAGAAGAGGGCUGGGCAGAAGCCCCAAGGCCUCCCCUGGCUGUCCUGUCUGAUCCGGAGGUGUGUAGGGGAAAGGAAGAGGAAACACCAGUUCCUGAAUUCUGUCUCCAAAGCCUGUUUGAAGCCCUGAAGGCUCCCGCCGAAGUGGAGAAAGGAGACCUGGGUGGUGGGAGCAAUGUGGACCAGAGGGUGGCUUCUACAGAUUUCACGCAGCAGGCGGCAGAAGAGGAACUUUCAACAGUGGGAUGCGUUGUGCCAGAGAAGGAAGAGGAGCAAAGCAAAGGGGAACAUGGUGGACGGAAAUUUCCAGAAGAUACGCUGGAGGUCACACUGGCAAAGGCACACAGACCAGACCAAGAAGCUUUGCAUAUUGAGUUCUCAGGGAGCAGCACCCCUAGCCUGGAAGAGGCAGGGAAUGGUCACGAGGGAGUGGAAAGCCACAAUCUGCCUGAUGGCGGGGGUCAAAAUGGGGAAGAGAAAGCCAGCUCCGAAGGGCCUUGUGCAGAAGAGAGUUUGCCCCCGAGGAACAGUGAGGGGGCGGAGGCCUUGGCCAUGGCUCCCCCCAACCCGAGUCCCCCACCACCCCAGGAUACCACCUUGCCCCUCCCAGCUCCCCGGGCCCUCAAGGAGAAGCAUGCCCAACCCAGCCACGAGCCUCUGGUGCCUACCUCCGUGCCCUGUGGCACAACACAGGACUUCAGAGGUCAAGGGGAGGCCCAGGUUGACUCCCCCUGCAGCCCUACGCUGGUGAGUUCCAGCCAGUCCUUGCUGGAAUGGUGUCAGGAGAUGACAGCCGGCUACAGGGGCAUACGCAUCACCAACUUCACCACAUCUUGGCGCAACGGCCUGGCUUUCUGCGCUAUCCUGCAUCACUUCCACCCUGAGAAGAUCCAGUACGAAGCCCUGGACCCACUGGAUAUCAGACAUAACAACAAACUGGCCUUUGACGGUUUCGCCUCCUUGGGGAUCUCCCGGGUGAUGGACCCUGCCGACAUGGUUUUCCUGACAGUGCCAGAUCGGCUGAUUGUCAUGACGUAUCUGUGCCAAAUCCAGGCUUUUUUCACCGGACAGGAACUGAAUGUGGUGCAGCUCGCUGGCCAUAGCAACCAGACCACCUACAAGGUGGGUAAAUUUGACACGGACUCCUCUGGCUCCAUUGAUCCCGCCCUGUUUUAUUCUCAGCCUCUUCAAGCUGCCGCCACUCAGCCAGAGGCUCCUGGCAGCCCAGAUGCCCAAGACUCUGGGAUGGCAAAGGCAUCUGGCACCACAACAGGGAAAGAUGAAAAACCAGAGGUGGAGGGCACUGCCCCAAAGUGUUCCUUGAGUGCAGAAAGCACAGAUGUUGCAGAGGGCUUUGGGAUCGGAGCCGUACCGGAGAACUUGAAGGCAGAAGCUAGCAUUGCAGAAUCUCCUCCAAUUUCACAGCUGGAGCAGGCGUCUGAAGUUGAGAAUGCUGCAAAGGAUGAUGGGAAGGCAGUUGUAAAUGGCACCACUGCCAAACCAAUUAAAGAACUAAAAUUGAAGUGUGAGGCAGAGAUCGCAGAGGCUGAUGGGCAGGCUGAAAGUGCCCCGAGCUCACAGCCUUUCCCCAAGGACUCUGUGGUGGAGGCCUUAAGGCCUUAUGAAAAAGCAUUUACAAAUGGCGGCGUGGCUGAUUCAACCACAGAGCGUGAGGCAGAUUCUCUGGCCCAAGCGGAUUCUGAGGCUGACUCCUCCAAGCUUGAUUGGGACACGGUGCCCAAUGGCGCCAUGACCGAUCAGAGCACUGAACAAGAGGAAGAGUUCUCUGCCCCAAGGGAUUCUGGAACUGAAGCCCCAAUGCUUGGUGGGAAGGUGUUAGCUAGCGGUGCCAUGCCCAUCCAAGACACAGAACCAGGGGCUCCAGGGGACAAUGGGAUGGAAGCUGAGAAGUCUGAUGGGAAACAACGGGCUAGCAAUGGGGAGAAAGUGGUGCCCCCUCCGCGGCUGAAGCGGAUUGCCUCCCGGAGUGGUGCUGAGCGCCCUUUGCAGCGCACCCUCUCCACAGGGAGCCAGCAGGGUCCUGUAGCCCCGCCACGAACCCACGCGGGCAAGUCCACCUUUGCUCACGUCCGCGAUGCAGACCUGGUGAAGAAGCGGCGCUCAAGGCUCAAGAGCGAGUCCUCCCUGUCGAUGGAUGAAACGGAUGCGGGCGGCCCUUCGGAGGACCCCGCCAAAAGGCUGGCUGCGGACGAAGGCUCUGAUGAGAGUUCAAAACUCAGACACGGCACAGCAAAGGCGCAGCAACCUCCAGCUCCUUCCAGCACUACCUCCCAGAACCCGAUCCAGGACUCCAGCCUCAAGAACAGCACCAAUGAAGAGGAGGUUCCGAAGUUCCAGGAUACCAGCCAGUAUGUGGUAGCCGAACUUCGGGCCUUGGAAACGGAACAGAGGCAAAUUGAUGGACGGGCGGCCGUUGUGGAGACGGAGCUACGAGGACUCAUGGAAUCAGGCUCUGACAAGCUGAAAGAAGAGGAGCUGAUCCAGGAAUGGUUCACGCUGGUAAAUAAGAAGAAUGCCCUGAUUCGGCGGCAGGACCAGCUGCAGCUUCUGGUGGAAGAGCAAGACCUGGAGCGGCGGUUCGAGCUCCUCAGCCGUGAGCUGAGAGCCAUGAUGGCCAUUGAAGAUUGGCUCAAAACAGAAGCCCAAAAGCAGCGUGAGCAACUCCUCCUGGAAGAGCUGGUGUCCCUGGUGAACCAGAGGGAUGAGCUGGUGAGAGACCUGGACAUCAAAGAGAGGAUAGCUUUGGAAGAGGAUGCCAGGCUCGAACGGGGAUUGCAACAGAGAAGACGCAAGCUCAGCCGCAAGGAGAAAUGCCGCGUCAGCUGAGACUGACAAACUGAGUUGCUCCCCCCC